AUGAGCACCGUCUACGGCACAAUCUCGACGGCCACCCCGCCCGCGCCGGACUCGCCGUUCUACUCCCGCGCGGGGCAGCGGAUCCGAUCCGGAAUCGGCACGCGCCGAUCGUGGCGCGUGAUGGUCGCGUCCCUCUCCCCGCCGGAGAGCCUCGGCACGGCGUUCCAGCGCCUCCUGACGAACGCGGGGUAUUUCCACGUGAACUACGCGAUCGUGGUGCUGUUGACGCUGCUGGUGAGCCUCCUGUGGCACCCGGCCGCGCUCAUCGUGUUCAUCGCCACCAUGUUCGCGUGGCUGUUCCUCUAUUUCCUCCGCGACACGCCCCUCGUCGUCUGGGGCUACGGCGUGGAGGAGCGCCUUGUGCUCGCCGUGCUGUCCGUCUCCACCGUCGCGCUGCUGCUCCUCACCAAGGCCACGGUCUUCCUCGGGGGGAUCGCGGCCGGGUUUGUGGCGGUGCUCGCGCAUUCCGUGUUUAGGAGGACCAACGAUUUGGAUUUGGACGAGGGCGCGGUGAGGUUGAAGGAGACGGCGUCGGCCAAUUAUUCUGUUUUGUAG